AAAGAGCCUGAAUUCCCAUCACUACCCGUCUCGGUCGCAGUUAAAGUGACGUCAGUGGAUGUGAUUUUCCGGCGAGGCGGGUCAGAAGCUUCUGGAAGAGUCUCUCUGAGCUCAUGUUGUUGUGAGGGUUCAAACUACAAGUCUUCACACAAGGUUAUCCAUCAAAGACAAACAUGGUCAAGGAAACAGGCUUCUACGACACAUUGGGUGUGAAACCUAAUGCUACUCCUGACGAACUGAAAAGGGCCUAUCGCAAACUAGCUCUGAAAUAUCACCCUGACAAAAAUCCCACAGAAGGAGAGAAGUUCAAGCAGAUCUCACAGGCAUAUGAGAUUUUGUCAGAUGCCAAGAAGAGGGAGAUCUAUGACCGUGGAGGUGAAAAGGCUAUAAAGGAAGGAGGAACUGGUGGUGGUGGUGGCGGUGGUGGCAGUUUUGCAUCGCCCAUGGACAUCUUUGAUUUGUUUUUUGGUGGGGGUAGUCGGAUGCACAGAGAGCGAAAAGGAAAGAACAUUGUUCAUCAGAUUACAGUGACACUGGAAGAUCUUUAUAAUGGAGCUACAAGAAAACUCGCUCUCCAGAAGAAUACUAUUUGUGAAAGAUGUGAAGGUCGUGGGAGUCGGAAAGGAGCUGCACAGAUGUGCAUGUCUUGCCAUGGCACAGGCAUGCAGGUCCGCAUGCACCAACUAGUACCAGGUAUGGUCCAGCAAGUGUCCACAGUGUGCCACAGCUGUCAGGGCCAAGGACAGAGAAUCAGCCACAAGGACCGCUGCAAAGCAUGCGGGGGUCGGAAGAUCCUGCGCCAGAAGAAGAUUUUGGAGGUCCACAUCGACAAAGGAAUGAGAGAUGGCCAGAAGAUCGUUUUCCACGGAGAGGGAGACCAGGAGCCAGGAAUUGAGCCAGGUGAUAUCAUCAUUGUCUUGGACCAGCGAGAACAUUCACUUUUCACCAGGAAAGGAGAGGAUCUGAUCUUGUCAAUGGAGUUGCAGCUGGUUGAGGCUUUGUGUGGUUUCAAGAAGCCUGUUCAGACACUGGACAACAGAACUCUCCUCAUCACCUCACAUCCAGGGGAAUUGAUCAAACCUGGAGACACGAAGUGUGUCUUGAAUGAAGGGAUGCCCAUGUAUCGCAGGCCGUUUGAGAAGGGACGCCUUAUUAUUCACUUCUCGGUGGUGUUCCCACAAGCCAACUUCCUUUCCAAUGACAAGCUGAAGGAGCUGGAGCGCUACCUCCCAGAGAAGCUGGAUGCAGAGCAGCCAGAGAGUAUGGACGACGACCUCUACAUCUACGCCGAUCUGGAGGACUGUGACCUUGAGAACAGAAAAAGACACAACCAUCAGUACUACUACAUGGAUGAAGACGACUAUGCCAGCACUGGUGGUGUUCAGUGCCAGACGUCUUAAAUAAUAACGGUUCUGCUCUUAUUCCAGAAGCCUCCCCUCAUCUCUAAAGCAAAGCACCUUUUUGCAUUUGUUGUGCACUUUUUAUUUAAUUACUUUAACGGUUGUUUUUUAAAGUUUUCUUUCAAUCUGAAUCAGAAAACAGCAUCACAUCACCCUCUUGAUUUAUUAUUAUUAUACUUUUUGGAUGGAGUAGAGUAUCCUAUAGUUCCAGGAUUAAGCUUGGAUCUGGGUGAAUGGGAUUCCUCUUCAUCUCUGGGACCUUAUUUUAACUUUUAUUUUAUUUUAUUUUUUCAAUCACACUGUGAUUAGAGACGAGGGGUGUCACAGAGGCUUCAGAAAAACUUGUCUGAACAAAGACUGCCUGCUUUUUAUGCAUUUACACUAAAACGGAUGCCAAUAUUAAUAUGAAAAUAACCUUUUUUUUAUAGUGUUAACUAAAUCAGUUGUUGUUGUGAACCACUUGUUGAUGACUUGUUCAAUCCGUUGUGCGUGUAAAGACCCAAUCUUCAGAUGGUGGUGGAUGUGCAUUGAGACUUGAGUUGAAAACGUUUAUGCUGUUUUACCCUUUCAAGGGCUAUUUUCUAGACAUUUCUUAAUCUUGAAAAUGUGGAAAAGAAUACGUGAGUUUGGAGUCAAGGUGAUAAUGAUUCAGGCAUGGCAGUAUUUACGUUCAAGCCACUAAUGUAGAUUAUUCAAACUAACAACAAUCAUUUGUUAGUUGUUUUUUUGGAAACCUUGUGUGGAACGUAGAAACAUCUCAUGUGUAUAAACAUAGUUUGAUAUGAGCCAAAUAUGACUGAAUAUUAAUGUUCAGAAACGGGAAGGUCAAAGAUGAGAAAGAAGUCACUUUAUUUUGAAAAAUAAACAACAGAUCAGGGGGAUUUUCAAGAAGCAGGUCAUCUAGAUAACCUAAACUCAGAAUCUGUAUUUUAACAUAAUUAUGUUGUAGAUUUUAUCGGGGUUUGAGGCUUUUAUUUUGCAAAAAGUUAUCUCGGAUAACUUCCUUCUUAUAACAGGUCCCUAAGGCCUUAACUGUAAAUGUUUUUCCCUCUUUAAAAUGUGUCGAUUGCCAAGUUGCACCCAAGUUAUACAAAAAAAAUUAUGUCUAGGUUGUUGUUUUAAAGAUUGAAUGUUCUUACGGUUAUUUCUGUUGUGUAUUUUUAAAAUCAUUAGAAGAUUAAUUAAAACAUAAAUCUGGAAUUUUACAUUACAAAUUUUAAUCAAAGAUAAACUUGAUGUAGGCGGACAAUAAAUCAAGUGGAUUUUUUUUUCUCAUAUUUCUAGUCAUAAUUGUAAAUGCCAAAUAGGUCGUUGGGAGGGACUUAAAAUCGACACACCUGGUACCUCAUUGACGUGUCUGCCUGUUUGAAAGCCUUAUCACAACUUAACUUGAAGCUACUUGAUAGUGUAGGUUGUUUUGUUUUUUUUCAGUGAUGACUUUGCCUUGGAUAUUGUAAAACACAACUAUGCUCACCAGAUGGGAGAUUCCUUAAAUUGUUGAAGCAGAUGCAAAAUAAUGAGUACUGAUAAUGUCAGGAGAACUCAAGUGAAAUAAGUGUUGUCACUUUGGACUGACAGUAUUUGUGUGUUAGGACCAAUGAUCUACUUGUUUAUGCUCAUGUUUUCUAAUUAAAUGCAGUUUGAUGGUCUCUCUAAA